UUUUCAUAACAACCUUUGAAGUCUCUACAGCAAACAUUUCUCAUAUACUUUGCUGAUAUUCUUUAGGAUUACUAGUGAAAAAUGGUUUCCAAGGAAGGCUCAAUCUUCCUUGGACUCAUGGCAAUAAUUGCUCUCAUCCCUUUAGUUGUAGCAGCUAGGGAUUUACCUGAGAGUUCCUCGAUACCUAAAAUAAGCAAAGGUGGUGGUUGUGUUGAUAAAAAUUGUUUUAUCCCUGGAUUAGGUGGUGGUAUUCCUGGCAUCCCUGGUAUUCCUGGCAUCCCUGGUAUUCCUGGCAUCCCUGGGAUAGGUGGAGGUGGUAUUCCUGGAAUUCCAGGAAUAAUUCCUGGGUUUGGUGGUGGUGGCGGUGGUUUUCCUCCUAAUGCUGUUGUUGAAAAGAAAAGUGAUGCCAAAAGUCCAGGUCCGAGCCCUGGGCCCAGCCCUAGCCCUAGCCCUGAAGGUGGUAAAGGUGGUGGUUGUUCAGAUGAAACCAAAAAUUGCUUCUUUGGAAUACCAGGAUGGGGAAUGCCAGGCGGCGGUGGCAUGCCUGGUGGCGGUGGAAUGCCCGGUGGUGGUGGCAUGCCUGGUGGUGGUGGAUUUCCCGGCGGUGGUGGAAUGCCUGGAAGUGGUGGAGCACCUGGCGGGGGUGGUAUGCCUGGUGGUAGUGGAAUGCCUGGAAGUGGUGGAGCACCUGGCGGGGGUGGUAUGCCGGGUGGCGGUGGAAUGCCUGGAAGUGGUGGAGCACCUGGCGAGGGUGGAAUGCCUGGAAGUGGUGGAGCACCUGGCGGGGGUGGUAUGCCAGGUGGCAGUGGAAUGCCUGGAAGUGGAGGAGCACCUGGCGGGGGUGGUAUGCCAGGUGGCGGUGGAAUGCCUGGAAGUGGUGGAGCUCCUGGCGGGAGUGGUAUGCCAGGUGGCAGUGGAAUGCCUGGAAGUGGUGGAGCACCUGGUGGGAGUGGUAUGCCUGGUGGCAGUGGAAUGCCUGGAAGCGGUGGAGCACCUGGCGGGGGUGGUAUGCCUGGUGGCGGUGGAAUGCCUGGAAGUGGUGGACCACCUAGCGGGGGUGGUAUGCCUGGAAGUGGUGGAGCUCCUGGCGGAAGUAGUGGUGGAUAUGGUGGACCACCUGGCGGAAGCGGCGGUGGAUAUGGUGGAUCACCUGGCGGAAGUGGCGGUGGAUAUGGUGGAACACCUGGCGGAAGUGGCGGUGGAUAUGGUGGAUCACCUGGCGGAAGCGGCAGCGGAUAUGGUGGAACACCUGGUGGAAGCGGCAGUGGAUAUGGUGAAACACCUGGCGGAAGCAGUGGUGGUGGAUAUGGUGGAUCACCUGGCGGAAGUGGUGGUGGAUAUGGCAGUGGUGGAUCUCCUGUUUAAGAACUAUUUUGAAGAGUUAUUUUUCCGUGCAAAAUUGUAAUGCUAAUUAUGUCACUAUGUGAUGGUUGUUUGAAUACAAAAUAGUGGAAAAGUGUCCACCAUGAAAUUUUACAAAAAUAA